AUGCUCAUCAUCUCAAAUCAGCACGCUGGAGACAAGUCGGGCGACGUUCUCGUUCGCGAGACGGUCAUCCCACUCAUCCAACGUCUACGACCGUCGCUUCAUCUCGACUACAAGCAGACCCAAGGCCCAGGUGACGCAGGUGACAUUGCACGUGCAUACGUGAAGCAAUCUACUCAGCAAGAUUCCAAGACAAUACUCAUUAGCGGUGGGGAUACGACGAUUCAUGAGGUUGUAAACGGCUUGGUGGCACACAAGCUCGAAGGCGCAGUCUCGCUGAUCCUUGUACCGAGUGGAACAGCAAAUGCAUUGUAUCACUCUCUCUUCCCUCCGACAACCCGUGCGACAUUUUGGGCAUCGUUACCCAAGGAGCUGCAGGACGCGGUCAGCGGACUACCGGAAUCAACAAGGGAGAAACUGUACUCGGUACUGUUCUACCUCUCUGAGAGUCCGAUGCGCAGACUUCAUUCGACCCGGACGACUGUUGCCGAUGCAGACGGUGUAUCUACACGCGAGCUUACUUCCUGCGUCGUAGUCUCAUCUUCUCUUCAUGCAAGCAUCUUGGAGAUUGCAGAGCAACUCCGUGCUGAACAUCCCGGGAUUGAGCGGUUCAAGUUGGCUGCUGCAAAGAGUAUAACCCAAUGGUCACAAUCUCGAUUAGAGAUCAAGUAUCCAUUCGCGGCUUAUAACCCUGCUACGGGCACAUUCAUUACUCGGGACUCCUCUCCAGAAGCAACACCCAAUCAAUUCGAGUCAAUUGAUGGCCCAUUUGCCUAUUUCCUCACGACAACCAAUGUUGAUAGGCUCGAGAUGGAGUUUCGCAUUGCACCGCUUGCAACGUCCCUUCCAGCUGGCGUGCAUAGUGACAGCGAGGCCUGGAUGGAGCUUUUGAUGAUUCGACCACUCCGAGAUCCCUCAAUCCUCAAGGACGCUCCUUGGCAGGAAGAUGCCGCCAUUCGGGAACAAUUUGCGCCCAAGACAGUGGCAGUACUCCAAGGCGCGUAUCAAAACGGUACACAUCCUAACCUGUCAUAUACUGCCAGUGGGGAAGUCAGCAAUGGGUCUGGAGAAAGCACAGUAGUCGAAUAUCUUCGGGUAAAAGAAUGGAAAUGGACGCCGGACCCAAACAGUCCACCUGCCCACCUUGUGUGCGUAGACGGAGAGAAGACGGACAGUUGA